AUGAGUGCUGAAAUACAAGAAGGACAUACGAAAGGGGUUAAUGAAUUAUCUAAAAAGAGGAAGAUACAUCUGCAGGGUGGAGAAGGCUCGAAUAAUAUUACAGAAACAAAUAAUCGAAAAUUUGCACAGGCCACCAGAACACCUAAAGCUUGUGAUUUAUGUCGCAAGCAAAAGACUAGAUGUUUCAGAUCCGCCAAUGAUGAAAUAUCCUGCUCCAGAUGUUUAUUUCUUAACAAAGAAUGCUCAUUUAAUCAAGGCCAAGUUCCUUCUCAAUCCCCAUCAUUGCCAGAAAAUGAAAUAUCCAAAGAUGAAGACAGUAAAACUAAGCUUGACUUAAUACAUGCUGGGAUCAACGAAUUGCUAUCUAUAAUAAAAGCCAACAAUGGGAAAGGAGAUAUUAGUGGCAGCGACGCAGAAUUAUUACUUACGGCUAGUGGUACAUUGAAGAAUAUACAAGACUUACCUUCCAGCAUUUCCUCGUCAAAAAAGCCCAAAUUAAAUGGAACGACAAAUAUGGCAAGUAACGUUUCUUCUGAAAUUGAAUCGAUUACCGAUACAGAUUCAAGGCCCUUGUUUAAUUGUCCUAUAGAUUCGUUUAAAAUGGCACCAUUUUCCAUGGUGUGCAAUCAAAAUGAAAGCUCUAAUAUUCCAAAAUCAAUAUUAAACUUGCUUAAUUUAUCAACUGUUGAAAGAAAACCAGAUAACUGCUCCGCAUAUAAAAAGAAAAAGGAUAUAAUUACUUUGGGGCUAUUAACUGAGGAAGAGGCUGUUGACUUAAUGAAUAAAUUUAGAAGAAACCACGGAAGGUGGGUACUGUUUCCAUCAAAUACGCCUACUGAUGUUUUAGUUGAAAGGAUUAGAAAUAAUUCGCCAUUGCUUUUAACUACGUGCUGCUGUUUGUCCUUGAGGUAUCUGUUUAAGCAGACAAACUCUAGCCAUUCUGAACUCUUCCUUGACAAAAAGAAAUCCAACUAUGGAUUGUUGAUGAAUCAGUUGGCAAAAGAAUUGAAUGAUUCGUUGCUGGAAUAUACAACAUUCCAAAAGCCAAUGGCAAAUAAAGGUGAUAUUGAGUUCUUGCAAGCAUUAGUCAUUCUCUCGAUCUAUUCCUUAUCAUUAUCAUCGGUUGCUUCUUCUCUUUUAAAUCUUGAUCUUAAAGAUGAUAGCCUUUCGCAUGAAUUGAAUUUAGACGCAUGGUAUCUUUCAAGCAUCGGCUUAACAACAUUUAUAUCAAAAGCUACUUUUGGAACAUUAUUACAAAGGCCCAAGAAUACUGGUAAUGCAGACUUGCCAUUUACAAUAUUUUAUGAUGAAAUAGAUAGUGAAGAAUAUCAAACAUUAACGACCCUAAGAAUAUUCAAUCAUCUUACAUUAGUGCAUUUGAUCAAUUGCAUCUUCUCCGGUCGUAUGUGUGUGAUUGACGAAAUAAGAUUGAACUACUGUACUUCUACGCUUAGUUUACCCAGUUCUACUAAUUUCGACGGGAGAAUGGUCAGUGAAAUAAGCAUCUUGCUCAUCACUUACAAUUACAUUCAAAUAAAUUUGAAUGACAUCACUACGAGUACUCUCGAAGAAUGUGACAUGAAUUUUAAAGCCACCAAGGAAGAUAUGCAUACAUGGUACAACCAAUGGGAAUACAUUUUCAAUCAGCCGACGUUACAAUUUGUGGAAUUAUGCUAUCACUUUUGUGGUUUGACAGUAAUCUACGCCUACAAUUUUCGCAAGUCCACGUUGAUUGAUGCCAACUCUCAGCCUUUUGACAUAUUCGACAAUAACAAUGUGGAUUACGUUCUACGCCAUUGUGAUUCUCGCUCUCUACGCGAGAUGGUUUCACAUGCCUGUCAAUUGCUUAAAUUUGUCAAUGUUAUAGAUAGUGAUUCGUACUUUGCGUAUUUGUCGGACCAAGUACAUUUUUGCUUUUAUUUCGCAACCAUCCUUUUAAUCAAAAUCUUGUCUUUUUUAAGGUCCAAAAAACUGAAAUUGGUUUCUGACAUAUGCAACCUCGACUCCGUUCUAAAAGAUAUAAAUCUUCUUCUAGUUAAAUUUCAUAGAAUUCAACAAAACACGGAUGAUGUCGUCACAAAGUAUGAACUUGGAAUAAGAUACGCGUUGCACAAACAGUUUGUGGCCCAUAAAUAG